AAUAAAAACUGCAGCCAACUUCCGAGGCGGCCUCAUUGCCCAGCGGCCCCCAACCUCUGACAGCUUCGGUCCGCCCCGUGCGCCCCGUCCUCCACCGGCCCCCGCCCCGCGCCCCGGGACCUCCCCUCCUCCAGCACCACCGCUUGCUCACUCGAUUCGCUGGGACACACCAUGGACAAGUUUUGGUGGCGCGCAGCCUGGGGACUCUGCCUAGUGCAGCUGAGCCUGGCGCAGAUCGAUUUGAAUAUCACCUGCCGCUAUGCAGGUGUAUUCCACGUGGAGAAAAAUGGUCGCUAUAGCAUCUCUCGGACGGAGGCAGCUGACCUCUGCAAGGCUUUCAACAGCAGCCUGCCCACCAUGGCUCAGAUGCAGAAGGCCCUGGACCAGGGGUUUGAGACCUGCAGGUAUGGGUUCAUUGAGGGGCACGUGGUGAUCCCCCGGAUCCACCCCAACUCCAUCUGUGCGGCAAACAACACAGGGGUGUACAUCCUCACCUCCAACACCUCCCAGUACGACACGUACUGCUUCAAUGCCUCAGCUCCACUCAAAGAAGAUUGUACUGCAGUCACAGACCUGCCCAAAGCCUUUGACGGACCAAUUACCAUAACUAUUGUUAACCGGGAUGGCACCCGCUACAGCAAGAAAGGCGAGUACAGAACAAACCCUGAGGACAUCAAUCCCAGCAACUCUACUGAUGACGACGUGAGCAGUGGGUCUCCCGGGGAAAGGAGCACUUUCGGAGACUACACCAUCUUCCACACUCACCUUCCCACCACAAACCCAACCUCUGACGACGACAUUCCCUCGGACAGUACUCCAACUACCAUUACUUCAACUGUGCACUCAAACAGCCAUGCAGCAACUCAGGAGCAAACUAACUGGCUAUGGUCCUGGUUUGGUAAUUCACAACCUAAGACUCAGGAUCUCACAACAACAGCAACCUCAGCUUUGAUGAGUACUAGAGGUACAACUUUUGAAGCAACAACUAAGAAGCCAGAAGUUCAGGAUUGGCUUCCAUGGUGGUUUGAACCAUCAGAGUCUAAGAAUCAUCUUCACACAACACCACAAGCGGCUGGUACGGAUUCAAAUACCAACUCAGCAGGCUGGGAGCCAAAUGAAGAAAAUGAAGAUGAAAGAGACAAACACUUCAGUUUUCCUGGAUCAGGCAUUGAUGAUGAUGAAGAUUUUAUCUCCAGCACCAUUUUGAUCACACCACGGAUUUCUGACCACACAAAACAGAAUCGAGACUGGACACAGUGGAGCCCAAGCCAUUUGAAUCCAGAAGUACUGCUUCAGACAACUACAAGGAUGACUGAUGUAGAGAGAAGUGGCAGCAGUACUCAAGGACGAAGCCUGACUCAGGAACCAGAGCCUCCUCUCAUUCAUCCCGGGCAUCAUGAUGAAGAGGAGACUCAGCAUUCUACAAGCACAUCCUGGGUGACACUUAAUAGCACAACUGAAGAAACAGCUACUCAGAAAGAACAGUGGUUUGGGAACAGAUGGCAUGGGGGGAACCUCCAGAUACCAGGAGAAUAUUCUCAUUCAAUAGCAGGGCCAUCGGCCUCAGCCCACAACAGCCAUCCCAGUCCAAAAACAACAACAGAGAGUCAAUGGGACAGUUCCUGGACUGAUUUCUUCGACCCAGUUUCACAUCCAAUGGGACAAGAUCAUCCAGCAGAGAGAAGCAUGGAUAUGGACUCCAGUCUCAGUACAAUGCCUCAGCCCACUUCAGAUCCAAACACAGGUUUGGUGGAAGACCUGGACAGGACGGGACCUCUUUCAAUGACAACUCAGCAGAGCCCUCUCCAGAGCUUCUCGACAUUACAUGGAGGCUUGGAAGAAGAUAAAGACCAUCCAACAACUUCUCUGACAUCCAGAAAUAGGACUCAUGGCAGAGGAGGAAGAAGAGGUGAAAAUCUCCCUGCUGACUCAACUACUUCCCUGCAAGGUUAUACUCCUCACUACCCAGAAACAAAGGAAAAUAGGACCCUCAUCCCAGUGACCCCUACUAGGACUGGGGCCUUUGGAAUGACUGAAGUUGCUGUUGUUGGGGAUUCCAACCCUGAUGUUGAUCGCUCCUUACCAGGAGACCGAGGCUCAUCCAUCGACCCCAGCAAGAGGUCCCAUACCACGCACGGAUCUGAAUCAGCUGGUCACUCAAGUGGGAGUCAAGAUGGUGGGGUCAACACAACUUCUGGUCCCAUCAGGAAGCCCCAAAUUCCAGAAUGGCUGAUCAUCCUGGCAUCCCUCUUGGCCCUGGCCUUGAUUCUUGCGGUUUGCAUCGCGGUCAACAGUCGAAGAAGGUGUGGGCAGAAGAAAAAGCUGGUGAUCAACAAUGGCAACGGAGCUGUGGAGGACAGAAAACCCAGUGGACUCAACGGAGAAGCCAGCAAGUCUCAGGAAAUGGUGCAUUUGGUGAACAAAGAGUCAUCAGAGACCCCAGAUCAGUGUAUGACAGCAGAUGAGACACGGAACCUGCAGAAUGUGGACAUGAAAAUUGGGGUGUAACGUCUACCCCUUUACCUUGGAAAGAAACAGCUUUGGAGACAUAACCAUUACAGGGAGCUGGGACACUGAACAGAUGCAAUGUGCUACUGAUUGCUUUAUUGGGGGAUCUUUUUUUUAGCAUAAAAUUUUCUACUCCUUUUUGUUUUUUUUUUUUUUUGUUUGUGUGUUUUGUUUUUUAAAGUCAGGCCCAGUUUGUAAAAAUAGCAUUGCUUUCUGACAUGAAGACCCAAUCAAUAAUCCGCAAAAUUUGAUCGUUCCAGUUCCCACGUAGAGGCCUUCCAUCUUCCGGGGUGUGCUAUGGAUGGCUUCUUUCAAAUGCCACAAAUACAUAUUCUUGAUCCCCAACCUUCCCCUUACCCCACCUCCCAGGUGGCAGCCACCAGCUGAGGACAUUCCCAGAGCUAAGAGGGAUGGGCCCUGGAGAGGAAAUUUGAAUGGGUCCAUAUUGCCUCUCCAGCAGUCCAGUCCCUGGGCAUUGCUUCCCAGUGGGGUAGGGGUCAGGGUGUACUGGUUAUACCUCCCCUUUUACAAACACCCCCUGGAGAUUUUUCAGAUGCUUCUGGGAGACACCCACAGGGUGAAGCUAUUUAUCUGUAGUAAGCUAUUUAUCUGUGUUUUUGAAAUAUUAAACCCUGGAGGUCCUUCAAUCAGUAUGAUUUUUUUAAAGUUACUUUGCCAGAGGCAUAAAAGGGUUUAAGCUGAUUCAUAAUAAAUAUCUCUACUUCUUCCAUCUUAAUCCUUUGUGUCCUUCAGUUUCUAACCCAGGAAGGUCUGGACUCUGCAGCUCAUGAGGAUGAUUGGAGAAUGGCCCUCCUGGAAGUCACCCCAGAGCCCCACAGCCCUCUCUUAGGCUCACUUAGCCAGGUCUCCUAGAAGAUCCAGGAAGCAGCACCAUUUCAUGUGUGAGGCUGGCCAGCAGCUUUCUGCCCUGUCCUGGAGUCAGAAUUGUAAGCAGAAGGCUUCAGCCACUUUGACUUUUAGUGGGUACCUGUCCUCUUCCCUGAACAGCUUUGGAAGGUCACAUUAAGUUUGCAUGACCUACCACCAGGGGGGGUGGGUGGGGCUCUUUCAUCCACUCUGAUCCUUUUUGUGAUUUCCAGAAACAUCACGAAAGUGUCUUUUGAAGACUUUUAAUAACAUGAAAGCCAGUGAGGGUGAACGAAUACAGUCAAUAGUAAACUGGUAGGCAUGGUUUGGUGAGGGGCAUGUGGCAUAGGUCCAAUCGGACUGCUAAGACUUUAUCAAGCCAGUGGUUGGGUUCCAUGCUAUUAAGACUCAGGAUGAGUCAAGAACAUGGGGAAUCCCUCCAGUUACUGGGAUUCCCAUCAUUGCAAUACUAGCACCAGAUAAACAAGUUUAUGACCAAACAUGAGAAUAACAGCAUUGUUGCCUGAUUUAACUUGGCAAGCCCUUUGCAGCUUUUAUUUGUCAGGGAGUCAGGGUGUCCUGCUUGCCCUGGAACUUCCGAGGUCUACAGACCAUAGAAGAGUAUCUAUAAAGUAAAAGCUCCUAUGAAAUGAGACUCCUUUUCCUAAGCUUCCCUUUAAAAAACCACUUGUUGCCCAAAUAUAUAGGCUUGAUGGGCAAUGUUUCUCAGAUCGAAAAAUAAAAAAAAAAAGAUGAAAUCAGGUGGGGUUUAUACAAAGUCUUGGUGUGAAGGGAAUAUUCCAAGGAGAGAUGCCAACUUCCUGCACUCAGUCCCAAUUCCUGCUUUUCCCUACACACUCCCCUCUCUCCCUCCUCUUUCCCACCCUCUCUCUACCCCCAACCCCUGCCAUGAUCUUGAGAAACAUCCCUUCUCUUUGGUGAAUGUUGUUGGUCAGUUCCAUAUUCAGCUGUCUUGGUUUCUUUCUUUAUCAAGUUGAAUAAGAAUGAACAUCAGACCACUCUGUUAUUACCAACACUAGGGUUAAAAUGUUGGCGAUUUCCUGGGUCUCCAAAGAACCACACAGCCUCACCCAGGUUCGUUUGCCAGAAUGCAGACAGCCACAACACAACCAGCUGCAAGACUCCAGGCUCUCUACCUGUCCCUCGGGCUCUUUUGGGAGCCAUGGAUGAUGAGUUUCACAGCUAAGGAUGGUUUCAACCCUUUCUAGACAUUCUCCCAGAAUUAGCCUGGGACAGGAGAUUCUUUUCAACUUUAUUUUGGAGUUAAACAUGAUCUUGCUUUUGUUAUUGGUAUAGUCCUCAACUUGGAUAUACCUCUGUUUUCUCAAGAUAGAAAGGUGGGAGGAAUAGAACUUCCAAUGGAGAGCUGCCCAAUCUUUGCAAUAUCCCUAAAUUGCCUGAAGUUUAUAGCAUAGGAGUGUUCUCACCCCUUGAACAUGGUGAUCAUGACCCUGGAAGGACAGCUUGGUCCUAAGCACAGCAUUUCUACCAUGUGAUAUGGGCUUUAUUUAAAAUAAAAUUCAGGAGCUUUAAUUAUUUUUUGAAGCAACUUGAGAUCUUAAGAUGUCAUUUUUCUUGCAGUUGUAAAUCUUUGAUGUCUCCUAAGGGCUUUGCUUAAAUUUGUUGAAUGAAAAAUCAAAUGGGAUAAAACAUACCUUCAAGUCUUGAUUUUCCAGGUUCUAGCCUGGAAGUAUGGAUUUUUCCAACAGAACUCAAAAAUUUUCCAUUGAGAUCCUUAAUACCAAGAACUAUUUUUUGUAGUCAACAGUCAUUCAAUACUGUUACAGCAGAGGAGUAGAGGGAGGAAACAUUCAAUUUUCCUGGCAGAAUAAAAGGUAUUUAAGAAUAAGAAUAACAUAGUCUAUUCAUCUUCAGGUCAUAGCUAUGUCUUUUUGUAAACCAUUUGUAUCAUUUUCAAAGAAAAGCUCCUUGUUCAUUCAGGUGCAAUGACUGCUAUUGUUACUUUGAUUUUUGCGAGCACGCCCUUCCUCUGACUUUUGUAUAUUUAUUGAUGGACCAAUAAUAAUGAGGAAAGCAUGAUAUGUAUAUUGCCCAGUUGAAAGCACUUAUUGGAAAAUAUUAAAAGGCUAACAUUAAAAGGACCAAGAAAAUGGA